CUCAGAGGCGACAGCCAAGGUGCGCGGGUCUGUCAAAAUCGUGCUUCACAAGACUCUCUGGAAAGCGAAGCAUCAUGGAUAGUUACGGUCCUCGGUUCGACUCCUAUGCUGGACGAGACAAAUCUCAAAAGAAGAACGGCUCUGCCCACAGUUCUUCCUAUUAUGAUGAACGAGAUCGCAAGCCUAAGUUUCAUUUGCCAUUUAAAAAGAUGAUGGCAGAUGAUGUGUUGGACAGAUUCGCCAGCAUUCGUAUCCCGGGCAGCAAAAAAGACCGCCCCCCUCUGUCCCAUGUCAAACACACCUCGAGUGACUGGUCCAUCCCUUCAUCGUCAUCUUUGAAUAGAUUUGAGGAGCUUUCAUCAAAAAUCACCUCUGAAAAGGAGAUCCUGGCUUUGUUUGAAAAAAUGAUGGAGGACAUGAACUUGAAUGAAGAAAAGAAGACUCCACUGAGAGAGAAAGACCUCAACACAAAAAGGGAAAUGGUCAUUCAAUACAUGGCUUCUGCAGCAAAAACGGGCAGUCUGAGAAGCAGCCAUCAGAUAUCUCCUCAAGAGUUUGUGGCAGAGCUGAAAUCAGGGGUGAUGGAUGAGCGCCUGUUUGCCUGUUUGGACUCUUUGCGUGUGUCUCUCACCAGUAACCCCGUCAGCUGGGUGCAGAGCUUUGGACAUGAAGGUCUUGGACUUCUGCUGGACAUCCUGGAGAGGCUGUUGCAAAAGAAACAGCAGGAGAAGAUGGACAAAAGGAACCAGCAUAAAGUUGUGCAGUGUCUUAAAGCCAUCAUGAACAACAAGUAUGGCUUGGAUCGCAUUUUGGCAGAAGAAAAAAGUCUUGCCUUGCUGGCAAAAGCCAUUGAUCCCAGUCAGUCUGCCAUAAUGACUGAUGUGGUGAAGCUGCUCUCGGCCAUCUGCAUAGUGGGCGAGGAGAACACUUUAGAGAAGGUGCUGGAAGCCAUCACGACAGCAGGGGAAUGGCAGUCCAUCGAGAGAUUUGGUCCUAUUGUGCAGGGACUCAGAGAUCGCUCUGUUCAAUUACAAGUGGCGUGCAUGCAGUUUAUCAAUGCGCUAGUUACGUCUCCGGAAGAGCUGGACUUUCGACUGCACCUAAGAAAUGAAUUCAUACGCUGCGGUCUCAAAAAGAUCUUGCCUCAUCUGGCGACCAUCAGGAAUGAGGCCCUUGACAUUCAGUUAAAGGUAUUUGAGGAACACAAAGAGGAGGACAUGAUAGAGUUUUCACAUAGGCUAGAGGACAUCAAGGGCGAGCUGGAAUAUCCUUGGGAGGUGUUCAGUAUUGUGCACAGAAUGGUGAAGGACAGCAGCGCAGAGUCCUAUUUUCUCUCCAUACUGCAGCAUCUCAUGCUCAUACGCAACGACUGUUUGGUCAAACCUCAGUACUUCAAAAUAAUUGAUGAGUGCGUGUCUCAAAUUGUUCUCCAUCGAAGUGGCACCGAUCCUGACUUUGAAUACCGCAAACGCCUAGAUGUUGAUUUCAGCCAUCUUUUAGAGGUGUGUAUUGAUAAAGCUCAAAUUGAAGAGUAUGAACAAAGUGCUUCAGAAUGGGCACAAAAGUUUGAUGAGGAGUGUUUAAGCCGACAGGAGGCACAAGCACAAGUGACAAAGUGUGAAGAGAAGAUUUCUGAACUUCAAGCAGAACUGCAAGCAUUUAAGGCACAGUUUGGUGCUGUUUCAGUCACUCCUGUCCCAGUUGGUCAAACGUUGCCUUCUUCACCGUAUGGACCCAGACUCCAGGCUCCUGUCCCGGCUCCAGCAGGCAUACCGCUGCCCCCUCCUCCACCACCUCCUCCCUUAUCUGGAUGUCCCCCAGCUCCUCCUCCCCCUCCUGGAGCGCCUCCACCGUUUGGUGCCCCCCCUCCACCACCUCCUCCAGGGUUCGGAGGUCCUAUGGGCUCUCCCACACCCCAUGUAUUGCCUUAUGGACUUCGACCCAAGAAGGAAUUCAAGCCCGAGACCUCCACGAAGCGCCUGAAUUGGUCUAAGAUUCGUCCCCAGGAAAUGUCUGAGAACUGUUUCUGGGUUGCAGCUGAUGAAGAUCGCUAUGCAAAGCCGGAUUUACUAUCUAAAGUCGCCCUUGUUUUUGGUUCCCAGAAAUCAGUAAAACAAGAAGAGGACAGCCUAGAGGACAAGAAAUGCAUGAAGAAAAAAAUCAAAGAACUCAAGGUGUUGGAUCCAAAGAUUGCUCAGAAUCUGUCUAUUUUCUUGGGAUCAUUCCGAAUGCCUUAUAAAGAAAUCCGUCGGAUGAUUGUGGAAGUGGACGAGGACCAGCUCACUGAGCCUAUGAUCCAGAACCUUGUGAAGCACUUGCCAGAGCAGGAGCAGCUCAAUGCUUUGGCCAACUUUAAAGAUGAAUACCCAAGUUUAUCGGAGCCUGAGCAGUUUGGAAUUGUGAUGAGCAGCGUGAAGCGUCUACGUCCACGCCUCAACCACAUCCUUUUCCGGCUACAGUUUGAGGAGCAGGUCACCAACCUCCGUCCGGACAUCCUCUCUGUGAGCACGGCCUGUGAUGAGGUCAGGAAGAGCCCUGCGUUCGGGCGCUUGCUGGAACUGGUGCUGCUGCUGGGCAAUUACAUGAAUGCUGGCUCCAGAAAUGCCCAGUCAUAUGGGUUUGACCUCAGUUCACUGUGCAAGCUGAAGGACACAAAGUCAGCUGACCAGAAGACAACAUUACUCCACUUCCUGGCUCAAGUGUGUGAGGAGGAAUUCCCAGAUGUGAUUAAAUUUGUUGAUGACCUGGAGCAUGUGGACCGCGCCAGCCGAGUGUCUGCAGAAAACAUAGAGAAGAGCCUGAGGCAGAUGGAGCGGCAGCUGCUACAACUGGAGAGAGACCUGGAGACCUUGUCCUCCUUUGGUGACCCCAGUGACAUGUUCUUCACCAAAAUGACAAGCUUCAGCACGGUUGCGCGAGAGCAGUAUGCCAAGCUGGUGAUCAUGCACAGCAACAUGGAGUCGCUCUAUCAAAAUCUCCUGGAGUUCUUUGCCGUUGACCCCAAGAAGACCUCUGUGGAGGAGCUGUUUACGGAUUUGAGCAACUUCCGUGCCAUGUUUUCUCAAGCACUGAAAGAGAACUUGAAACAGAGAGAAUUUGAGGAAAAGCAGAAGAGGGCACAAGCUGCAAAGGAGAAAGCUGAACGUGAGAAACAAGAGAGACAACAAAAGAAGAGGAGGCUGCUAGAAGUCAACGCAGAGAACGAUGAGACAGGAGUGAUGGAUAGUUUGCUGGAAGCCCUACAGUCUGGAGCUGCAUUCAGAGACCGCAGGAAGCGAGCGCCGCGACCCAGAGAAAACCAGCACAUGACCAUCAGCCCCAGCUCUUUCAGGCAGGUUCUCAGACCUGUUAUUUACGAAAACAACAAAGUGCCGCUGCAAAGGUCUCGCUCCCGGCAGAAUAUCAAUGCAGGACCUGAGGCGCUGAGAGCUACUGCCCCUUUCAAGGAGGCUCAUAACGAGACUGAGGGCCAUCCAUCUACGGGACGAUCCAAGGCCGAGGCAGGGCGGAGGAACAAACACACCCCCGGCCACAGCAGCUGUUUCGGGCCGGACAGGGAGCGGGCGAUCGACAGAGAGGUGAUCAAAGGGGGGGAGAGAGAGAGACAGGUGCAGAUAGAGCCAGCGGUAAUUCAAACAACACCUGCCAUGACGGUCAGCAACGGAGACACAGAUGUGGAGGCACUGCUGGCAAGACUCAGGGCUCUGUGAGAAUAAACAAACCAAAUAUUUGCUUGUUUACACUGAAAAUAAUAGGCUUUGGCUCAUAAAUUUUGAAAAAUUUUUGUAUACAUUUGAUAAGUGAAAAACACCUUUUCCAUCUCAAUUAAAAUUACUUACAUAGAAACACCUACUACAUCAGUGUCAUUUGUCCUGAUGAAACCUUGAUGCUUAACAAUAUCUGACAUACCAUAUUGCUACAUAUUUUCAGAAAUGUAUUAAAUAUAGUAUUCAAUUUAUGGGCAAACCUUUAAAACCUUUAUAAACAGUGCACUAUGUAAUUUUUGUGGUGUGGAGUCCACCACCUGCUUUUCUCCAUGGAGAUAUUAUUAUUGCUUUGCCCAGAAUAUUCCACAAUAUGGCUUUAAACUUCUCUAUUUUGCAUUCAUU